AUGGCACAAAUACCCCAUCAAAAUGAUGGUAAAAAUGAUGCCCUAACCAAAACCACAACUGAGGUAUUACCCACCGACAAUCGAAUCCACCUCCUCCUCGCUGCAACCGGGUCCGUCGCGACGAUCAAAAUAUCAAACAUCAUCAGCGCUCUCGCACCACAUGCCCACAGACUUUCAAUCAGAGUAAUCCUCACCACCAAAGCCCAACAAUUUCUAGCCGGCCAGUCUGCCGAGCAACCCACCGUCGCCUCCCUCAACUCCCUUCCCGGUGUGGAAGCCGUCUACGACGAUGACGCAGAAUGGGGCCCAGAGCCGUGGCGCCGCGGCGUCGACAUCUUACACAUAUCUCUCCGGCGCUGGGCCGACAUCCUCGUCAUUGCUCCUCUUUCCGCAAACACCCUCGCCAAGCUCGCCAAUGGGCUGAGCGAUAACCUGUUGACCUCUGUAUGUCGGGCGUGGGAUACAGAUGCCCAGGUUGAUGGGAAACGCAAACGCAUUGUCGUCGCGCCUGCUAUGAACACGGCUAUGUGGCGGCAUCCUGUCACGGCGCAGCAAAUCCGCGUGCUGGAGGAGGAUUGGGGCGUCAAGAGGGAUGAGGAGACGGGCGAGGAGAGUGGCUGGUUUGAGGUUUUGCAGCCGCAGGCAUCGAAAGUGUUGGCGUGUGGGGAUGUCGGAAGUGGUGCUAUGCUGGAAUGGACACAGAUUGUCAAGGUUAUUGAAGACAGGUUAGGCCUGACUGCCCAUGAUCCAGGUCAGAGCAGCUAA